CAAAUAUAUCAGCCAAGUCACUGCCAUCCGCAUCAGAUUUCUUGCGCCAAGAAGGACGAGGGAGCGCACUGCACUACUGCGUGUGAGCGCGAAGCAGAGGGUGAAGGAGCUGUAUCGAGACGAGAAGCUGCAAAUACAACGACGCGACGCGAAACAAAGCCGCUAAGUUGAGACGCAACUGUGGAGAGAACGAUGUUGGGACGGUUCGGGAUUUUCUGCACCUCGCUUGCUCUAGCGCUGCAAGUAUGUCUGGCUUCAGUCACAGUCAAGGUGACUCCAGAGGUGGAAGUGAUAAGAGGAGAAACCACCAAACUGCCUUGCAGCUACACUGCCGAUGCACCGACCUCUGCCAUCGUGGUCCAGUGGUUCAUUUCGCCCCCAUCGUCCCCAAGUGAAAGAAAGCGAAUUGCUUACAAGUCUUCCCAAGAUAGUGGCGUUGAUCCAGACCCAACAAUGGCAGGUCGCUUAAUCAUGGAAGAGGACAUGUCCAUCACCAUCUCUAAAGUUAUGGUGGAAGAUGAGAGAACCUACAUCUGCCAAGUGUCCGCAGGACCUGUAGGGUUCUCUGAAGCUCAGACCAAGGUCAAGGUUUUCUUUGCUCCAGAGAAGCCAGUGAUCACAGGAAAUAAUCAGGCUAUCACUGUCAGUGAUGACCCUAAAACUUCCUCUGAAGUGGCCAAGUGUAUCAGCAGGAACGCUCACCCUCAGCCACGUAUUAUCUGGUUUAAAGACGCCACCCCUUUGCCUGAACGAAAGGACCAAGACCGAGAUGGAAUAUACAUGGUACCUAGUGUGGUGAAGGAAGCCUCAGGCCUGUUCACCAUGACCAGCACGCUGUUCAUGAAGCCGGUUAAAGCCGAUGCUAAAUCAGUCUUCCACUGCACGGUGGAGUACAGCAUGCCAAACAACCAGAUCAAACAGGAGAGCUCUGAAAAAUUCAACCUCACACUGCUCUAUUCAACAGAAAAUGUGUUCUUCAAACUGAAGAAUCAGGGGCCAGUCAAAGAGGGGGACGAUGUGCUGAUGGAGUGUGAGACUGAUGGAAACCCUCAGCCAGAGUUUGAAUUUUCUAAGGAGAAGGGCAGCAAACUGCAAGGAUUGAAAGGAACGUUAAGAUUGAAGAGUGUUACUCGAAAGGAUGCUGGAGUUUAUGAGUGUGACGCACAGGACUUUUAUGCCUCACCAGGUGUCAACCUUGUCAAAAAUCUAAGCUUAUUUGUGCACUAUCUUGACCCUGUGGCAGUGACUCCAGAAGGCCCACUGGUUACUGAUAAAGGAAAUGCUGUGGACCUUCAGUGUAAGACCAAGUCCUCUGAUGAUUACACCCUGCAGUGGCAAAAGGACUCAAAGGUGCUGUCGCAGAUGGGUGGGUUGUCUAUCAAGUCAGUGACUCUGGCUGACGCUGGUGUGUAUUUAUGUGUCGGAGCUGUACCUUCAGUUCCAGGUCUCCAAAAACAAGCCAAUGUCACCCUUACCGUCACAGGUGCACCUGAGAUUGAUGCUCCAGUGAAUGGUUUUGUUGACAAGGAAGGAGGGAUGGUCACUCUCAACUGCUCUACUCUUGGUCAUCCUGCUCCACAAUUCAUCUGGACACCUUCUGGCAAAGAGUCGGUGACGGUAGUGGGGAAUAAGGUUAUCAGCACCGUCACUCUUGAGGCCUCUGCUGCGGUUCUGAAGGAUGGUGUGAUAUGUGAAGCAUACAACAAGCUUGGAAGAGCCACCAAGAACUUCAAGGUGUCCGUCAAAUUAGAUCCAAACAAACCAUCUGAUACCAAUGCUGCUAACCGAGGAAACCCUGUGUAUAAAACAGUGGAGAAACAGCAGGGAGGUUCGAGCGCGGUCGUGAUCGCCGUGGUGGUGUGCGUUCUCCUGCUUCUCCUCCUGGUGGCUGCGCUCUUCUUCCUUAGUAAGAAGGGCAAGAUGAACUGUGGGAAAAAGGACAAGAAGGAUGAAGCACCUGAGAAGACGAAAGAUAAUUGUCUGCUAGAGAAACAGCCUGCAGAACAGUGCUAAAAAAAGAAGAAAAGAGACGAAUAAGAACAAGAUCUCUAGAGACGUAGAGGAUGGCGGUGGAUUUAAGAGUGGUCUGAUGGAAGAGAAGAGAGGAGAUGGAAGAAAAGAGAAGAUGAAUUCAUUUUAGCUGUACAGUUUUCUUUUUUGAAGUUGUGGGAGGGGCUAUGAUGUUAAACUGAGGGUGGGUUUCAGUUUAGAAGUGGGCGGGGCAAUACAUGUAAAUCUGAUAUCAUUUUGAUAUGGGUGCAUACUGUGUCCUGAUUGUGUAAUCAAGCCAAUCUUUGUAGUACAACACCUAAAUACAGAGCACAGCUCAAUGCAGUGUUCUUCUACUCAAAACAAAGCAGAAAAAUCACUGUGGACACUGGAUGUUGCUCUUCAGGCUGUGCUGCACCCUGAUUAUGUCGAUUAGCUCAUUUUGUUGAAUAGUGCAGUGCAGCCGCUUUGUGCAUUACAAAGUGCACUUACUGUGUAAAUUUUUGAUUGUGAACUGCACACGUGCCAUUAAUUAGUAAACCCUACAGGCCACUAUACGCUUUAGCCAUGAUCUGCAUGGAGCAUAUGGAUGUGCCAUUAUACACACUGUACAUUUAACACUGGUGAAAUAAUCAAGCUGUCAUUCAUAUUAGCCUUCAUAUAGUCAAAUAUGCCUACAUGUCCCACACGUAUAUGUCUUGAGCUAAAACCAAAAGCCAGUGGUGAUGCAAAGAAAGAGAGUGUGUGAGAAUCGCAUUCAAACCAUGUAUCUGAACACAUGGGACCCAUUUAGCUCAAGUCUGCGAGUUGUGGAAGAGUUAGAGAACUAACUCAAUCAUCUAAUUUCCUCUGUACUGCACUGAACUCCAUUUGACAGCCCAAACAUGUUCAAAGACUUUUAACUCUGUAAUUAUUACACAGGGGUUAGUAAGGGGACAGGUCAGAUCUAUCUUCUUUGUCUUUUAAAAUGCCUCCUAAUAGAAUAAGGCAUUCACUAGUUUAUAGUCUCAACUCUACUAUUCUUUUCGGAUUAUGAAAGUGCUGAGCAUGAUUGGAAAUUAUAUACUUACUGAGCAGAAAUCAUAAUGAACUUACUGUCCCAAUAUACCUUUUUGUUUUAUCUUUUUCCGACACUUUUCAUAUCACUAAAUUUUCAUUAUUUAUAUUUAGAGAAAAAUGUCAAGACUUUAUACUUUCAUAAUUCACACAGAAAUGAAUGAACCAUUGCUUUAAGUUCUGAGAGCAAGGAGAUAAACAAGAAAACUUGGUAAAAGUUGAGGGACAGUGCCAGAUUUUUUUUUCUCCACUGUUGUCACAGUGCUAAUCUUUUUUAUCUUUUUUUUUUUUUUAUCAGUACUGUCAUUCAUUGCAGCUUUCAUUUUGUUUUCAAAACCAAAAAUAUGUGUGAACAUGGGGUGUAAAAAUGAUUUCUUUAAGCUUGUAUAUGACGUUCCAGGUUUCUGUGUUUUGCAUAUAUAUAUGUAUUUUGUAUCUUUCUGAGUAAAAGCACACUCUUGUUCAGGUGGCACAGCUGGAACAUUCUAGAAUCACUAUCUUGUUGGAAAACCCUGUCAUUUGUUCCCAAGCCCUACUGUUACACAAAGACGUGAGCCUUGUUAUUUGCGCCAAAUAACACAUUCACAAUCUGCUGUUCUUUGAGUCGGGUCUUCUGCGUGUGUCAGAGCAACACCCAGGGACAGUUUUUCAAACAUGUAUGCAGUUUCUGAAUAUGGCCACAUACAGUGUUUCUUUGUACCAGCAAAACAGUGAUUCUAGACUCUCCAAGCAGAAGGUUAAGUACAAUUGAAGGGUAAAGAGAGGACUGACGAAAUGAAAUGGACAGAGGAUGGGAAAGGGCUUGGUUUGGAUGUACCUUUCUUAUUUUUUUACCUACUGAGUCUUUGUGUGUAGUCGAGAGUAUUUUGAUGAAUCAGUAUGUAUUAAAUGUCCAGUUAGACACAUAAAACAUGAGCUAAAAUAUCUCUGAACAUCUCAAACACUGGAAAAUGUAUGAUGGCCAGUUUAUGAAGGCCUCUGUUUUAGACUGCUCAUAAAAUAUUUUAUACUUUUAUCUCGAUGCUAUUUUUUACAUUUACUGAUUUCAUUUUGCAAAAUGUAGUCAUAUGUUCUGUCAAUGCAAUGUGUGAUUUAUAGUUAUGGUCAAUAUUUGCAUACAAGAUAUUUGAACGGCCAUUUUUUAGACAAUUGAGGUGGAAAAAAAAGUUUUUCUUAAGAAUACACGUCUUAACUACUGAAUGACUUUGCAGUUUUGCUGGUUUUACAAGAAAGAAGAGCGCUGUCUUGAAUAAGAUGUCAUACUUUAUGGAUGUCUACAAUUGUUAUGCCCUCCAGGUAUACUGUAUAUUUGUGGUACACGUUUGUGAACUUUGUAGCUUGUCUUCUUC